AUGAAAACAAUGGAGUUGGGCCUGAGUACUACAUAUCGUGAACGGGGAACAGUACACACUAUCAUAAGCAAGCUGCUAGCCUUGCCGUUCUUACCAGGUGACCAGAUCAAGAGAGCUUUCACCAAACUGAAAGAGAGAGCAGACACAAGCAGUAAACCAGUGGCUGAUCUUUUUACAUAUGUCAAUGACCGAUGGAUGGAGAAUUCUUGUUGGUCCCCAGAAGAGUGGUCUGUGUACAAGCAAACCGUUAGAACAAACAACGAUACUGAAGGUUACCACAGAGGACUGAACCACAAAGCUGGCCGGGGGAAACUCGCCUUCUAUGUGCUAAUACCAAUCCUUCAUCAAGAGGCUAAGAUGGUAGACUACACAGUGAACCUGGUAGCACAGGAGAUCAUAUGCCGUAUUCGAAGAGCUGUCUAUCAGUCACUAGACAAAAGAAUAUCGGAACUAUGGGAUGACUACGAUCAUCAUGAAUUGAGGACCGAGGAAUUCUUGCAGAAAGUGGGUGAAAUCUAUGGACGGUUAUGAAAUUGUGGUUUUUCGAACCAGUAACAGAUACUGGAAAUAUGUGCUAAAAAGUGCUAACAGGAUAUCCAGUGUUUAACACUGUUGCAGAAUAGAAAAUGUCUGUGAAGGUCUCCUCUGACUGAAACUGUAAAUAAAUAUAUAUAUACAUGUACAUGUGUGUGUUCUCUCAAUGUUAUGUUUCAAUGAUAUAAUAUAUAUAAGUGUUUGUCAGCUGUAAAUUGUUGUUCAUGUUAAAUGUUUUAUUCCAUGUUAAAUGUAAACGAGUUAAAUAAAUUAUUAAUGUUUUUUUAUUUUGUCUACCCUUAGAAAUGUCUGUAAAUUGUCCUUUAAUCAAAUAAUACUAAAAAAUAAUAAAAAACAUAUCAAGGCAUUAUGUUGUUGACUUAUUUA